UCUGGAAGCCACAUUACAUUUUAGCUCCAAUUUGAUACCAGAGUUGAAAACAUACGAGGGCACGACUUCAAAAUUUAUCUCAUCAUAGUCACGCAAUUUGCUUUCGGGAAAACUAUGACAUGAGCUAUCCCACGCCAUUCACCGCGCGGAAUAGAGAGAUCUAUCGCUUCUCGAUCCCAUCCGAUUAUUGUGAAGAAAUAACAGUUAAAUAACCCAACAGCUGAUCAUAUCCUAUCAACAUGACAAGGUUGAUAGCCGAGAACCGAGAGGUUAAGUCGUUCGACUGCUAAUCCAAUGUGCUCUGCACGCGUGAGUUCGAAUCCCCAUCCACGCCAAGGAACUUUUUUAUUGGGGAAAGGACUUCCUACCCAUCACAGGGUUUGAUGGUCAUAACUGAUUACAAAUCAUCGGUUUAUGGUUAUGAUGUGUAAACCAAAACUAAAUCAUCCCAAUGAAGGCUGUUGAAUCAGAAUAGCCAAAAAUCGAAGAGGAGCCAAAACACAUGCAAGCAAAGAUGCUGGCAAAAGACCAAACCUUCAAAGUGAUCGAACGUGUCAGCUUAAGUGAGAGCCAUGAGUACCUCAAUAACGCCACAUAUAAAACGAAGAUCGAAUAUACGUAACUUACGGAUGUUCAAAAAUCGCGAUACUUUUUGAACGGUCCUCGUAUAUAAUCAUAUCGCAUGGGAAGCUCUUCAAAUAUUUUAUAUAUAAAUAUAAGAGGGAUGUAUGUGCAUAAGAAAUAAUGUUUCGCCACUCAAUAGAAACGCAUGGAAACUAGAGAAAAAUGUCGAACAUCUGCUAUCGAAAGCUGCCGACGUGUACAACCAAUACCAUGAAGCCAAGUUCUGCCACUGGGACGUUGAUAACUUUCCGCGUUACUUCGCCUCCAGACACUAUUCGUUCAUCUUCAAGCACAUUCCUUUCAACAUUCUCAUCCUGCUCUUCACCGAGUACGCGAACUUCGCUCUCACCAUGGCUUGGACCUGUCAGGACCUAAUGAUAAUCCUAUUCAGUAUAGGACUAUCAUUCCAUUUUGAGCAAAUUUUUGUAAAAGUACGAUGCUUCAGCACAGGUAUCACGAUCGCAGAUGAGAAAUUUUGGGUCGAUAUACGGUCACAAUAUGUAUUAUUGUGUGAUCUGGUGAAUGAAACCAACGAACUACUAGCCCCACUCAUUAUAAGCUCAUGUGGCACUAACCUGUAUCUAAUUUGUUUCCAGCUGCUAAAUAUCACGAGGAAGGAGGAGAGCUUUGCCUCGCUCAUUGACCACUGUUACGCUUUGGCUUAUCUGAUUUGUAAAACAGCAUUAGUCUUCUACAGCGCUGCAAUGAUUAAUGAAACUGCAAAAGCACCGCUUGCGAUCUGUACGAAAAUUCCAAAUAUAGGGUGGUGUCUAGAACUCGAUCGGUUCACAAGCCAGCUGAGAACACAGCGAGUUGCAUUCUCAGGUAUGGGUUUUUUUCAUCUAACAAAAAGGACGAUGCUAGCGAUGGCUGGAACGGUAAUAACCUAUGAACUGGUGAUGUUGCAACUUGCCGAGGAUACUGAGGGCAUUGGGGAAAUCGCCCCCUGCUCAAAAUUGGCAUUUUCGAAAGAUGUCUAAUAAUCACUGUGGAACUUGUGCGUUUGUCGUUUGUCCCAAGCAAAAAUAUGUAAUUGUUGUUCACUUUUUUUUGUGGUGUAUUUUGUGUUAAACAUCCGUGACAUAACUUAUUUAAUCAUUCGAGCAGAAUAAAAUUCUCGGCUACAAAGAUUUAUUGACAUCCUUCAAGACUUCAAUCAAGGGGGAGUAGACAU